GGAAGGGGAGUAACGGAUGCCGCUUCGUUGAAAGGAGUAGCUGCGAUGGCCUCGUUUUCCACCUCCUUCUCAUCGUCUCUGUCCCUGGCGGCGCUCGUUGGGGAGACGGUGAUGACGCCGUCAGGUCAGGCCAACGUCAUCUACCUGGCUGUGAAUGAGAGUAGCCCGGGGAGCCUGCUGUUACAGCUGUGUGAGCUGCUGGCCACCACACCACUGCAGGGAUUGGUGUUUGAGGAGGAGAGACCGCCGCCGCCAAACCGCGCCCCACUGGCCCCAAUGUUGGAGUUUGUCUCCGCUCAGACAGGGGUUCCUGUGGUUGCCGUAGGGGGAGGGGCCAGCCUGGGACGAGAGCCACAGGAAAGCGGCUCCAUCUACCUCCAGUUCACCUGCUCCACUUCCCUGCAGCUCGAGGUCAUCUUCGAGGUGCUCGAAGAGUACGAUUGGACCUCCUUCUCUGUGGUGACCACCCGUCAUCAUGGCUACGAGGACUUCCUGGCUAUGGUGGAGGGCAUGACGGACGAUUCAUUUAUCGGCUGGGAAAAGAAGAGUGUGGUGAUUCUUAAUGUGACAGAUGACCCUGGAGGGACCCGAGCCAAACGGCUGCUCAAAGACAACGAAGCCCAGGUCCGUCUGCUGUACUGCUCCCUAGAGGAGGCUGAGCUGGUUUUCCGUGCUGCCUCGGCAGCAGGUCAGGCCGGACCCAGUCACAUGUGGUUCGCCGUGGGACCGGCCCUGUCCGGUUUGGGCCUGGAGGGGCUGCCCAAGGCCUUAUUCGCCAUCCGGCCACAGGGCUGGAGGGACGAGCCACGAAGGCGCAUUGCCAAAGGCGUCUCUGUGCUCACCCAUGGGGCGAUGGCUCUGCGGAGGGACCAGGGGAGCACCAGCCGGUCACAGUACGCUGGCAACUGCCAGAGUGACAGCAACCAGACCCACCGAGUGCCAGACAGAAUCAGGUACUUCAACAACAUAUCCAUCGGUGGCCGUGAUUAUUCCUUCAACAGUGAUGGCUACCUGUCCAAUCCGCUGCUUGAUGUCAUCUCCUACACCAAUGGGAGAGGCUGGGAGGAGGUUGGCUGGUGGGAGAACGGCCACCUGCGUCUGCGUUACCAUCCCUGGUCUCGUUAUGGCUCCUUCCUGAAGCCUCUGGAUGACUCCCAGCACCUCCGAGUGGUUACUUUGGAGGAGAGGCCCUUUGUCAUCGUUGAGCCGGCUGACCCAGGAACCAGCUCCUGCAUUCGGGACUCUGUACCCUGUCGAAUGCCCGUCAACACCAGCUUGGUGGUGGACGGCACCGGGCCCAUGAAGCACUGCUGCAAAGGGUUCUGCAUCGAUGUUCUCAAGCGACUGGCAAAGAUUGUGGGUUUCACCUAUGACCUCUACCUGGUGACCAAUGGCAGGCAUGGGAAGAACAUUGACGGGGAGUGGAACGGCAUGGUGGGAGAGGUGGUAUCCAACAGGGCAGACAUGGCCAUCGGUUCUCUCACCAUUAACGAAGAGAGGUCAGAGGUCGUAGAGUUCUCCGUUCCAUUCGUGGAGACUGGCAUCAGCGUCAUGGUUUCUCGCAGCAAUGGCACCGUGUCACCUUCUGCUUUCCUUGAGCCCUACAGCCCAGCCGUGUGGGUAAUGAUGUUUGUGAUGUGCCUGUCGGUGGUGGCUGUCACCGUCUUCAUCUUUGAGUUCUUCAGCCCCGUGGGAUACAACCGCAGCCUGCAGAGCGCCAAGAAGUCAGGUGGAUCUAAGUUCACCAUAGGGAAGUCCGUGUGGCUGCUGUGGGCACUGGUCUUCAACAACUCUGUGCCUGUGGAAAAUCCCAGAGGAACCACCAGCAAGAUCAUGGUGCUGGUGUGGGCCUUCUUCGCUGUCAUCUUCCUGGCCUCCUACACCGCCAACCUGGCUGCCUUCAUGAUUCAGGAGGAGUACAUCGACACGGUGUCAGGGCUGUCGGAUAAGAAGUUCCAGCAGCCGACAGAGCAGUACCCGCCACUGCGUUUCGGAACGGUGCCAAAUGGCAGCACGGAGGAGAACAUCCGCUCCAACUAUCCCAACAUGCACCAGUACAUGAUCCGCAACAACCAGAAGGGUGUGGAGGAGGCCAUUGAAAACCUCAAGACUGGGAAACUGGAUGCCUUCAUUUAUGACGCUGCGGUGCUGAACUAUAUGGCCAGAAAGGAUGAGGGCUGCAAGGUGAUGACCAUCGGCUCUGGGAAGGUGUUUGCCACCACGGGCUAUGGCAUCGCCCUGCACAAGAACUCCCGCUGGAAACGCCCACUGGACCUGGCUCUGCUGCAGCUGGUUGGAGACGAUGAGAUUGAUAUGUUGGAGCGUCUCUGGCUGUCGGGUAUCUGCCACAAUGAUAAGAUCGAGGUAAUGAGCAGUAAGCUGGACAUUGACAACAUGGCAGGGGUCUUCUACAUGCUGUUGGUGGCCAUGGGCCUCAGCCUCUUGGUAUUUGCCUGGGAGCAUAUGGUGUACUGGAAACUAAGGCACUGUGUGAAACGAUCUAGCGGAAUGGACUUUCUCCUGGCUCUCAGCAGGGGGAUGUACAGUUGCUGCCAGUUUGAGGAUGAGACAGCACCUGGAGGUAGCUCUUUGCCCCAAUACCACACCAUGACCACCAUGCCUACUGCAGCACAACAACACCUUGUUACAGCCACAAUUAAUAACACGACUGCCAUUGCCAUGGUGCAGCAGCAACAGCAACAGAAGCACCACCAGCAACAGGGGCCGACCUAUACAACCAUGCUACCCGGAUCGCCGCCCACUACAGGACACUCAGCAAUGGCCAUGGGACCCUCGAACAGCCCCUUACUGGAAGGCCCCAUGCCCUGCUCCAGCUUCUUGCCUCGCCAUGACCGCAGACUUGCUGUGGUCGAUCGCUGGAACAGGCCAAAGCCAGAAAAAGUCAUGAGCGGAGGCAGUGGUACAGGAGUGGGUAUUGGGGGAAUAGCAGGAGGGAUCACUGAACUUCAGGCCCCACAGUAUCAGCUGAAUCUUGGACAACACUGGAACCUGCAAGGUGGAGUUGCAGGUGGAGCAGGGGGAGGAGGUGACACAGGGCUAGAUGAAUAUAAGCGUUACUAUGGUCCUAUAGAUCCAGAGGGGCUAGGAGCGAACUCUGACCAACAGGCCGGGGGUCCCCAGCAGACUCCCAAAACUAAUCCUCGAGGUCCCAAAGCCUCAGGGAUGCCACGGCUACCUUCUAAAGGCCCUCAACAAGGCCCAGGGCACUUAAUCCCCAAGCCACCUCCACUGAUCCCAUCUUCCCCACGAAGGCCUCCUUUCUGGCGACGAGGAAGCGUAGCUCAGGCAAGCAGAAAAAGCUCAGGAGGUCCCCUGUAUGAGAAUAUACUCCCCCUAGGGAGGCGAGGAGGUGGGAGGUAUGGAGCAAGCGAUGGAGGUGGAAGGAGAGGGCGACGUCCUCCUCCACCUCCUCUUCUGCCUGUCCCUCUCUCCUCCCCAACACACACUCCUACCACUCCCUCCUCCCCAGGCCGUUUCUACUCCUCUUGCUCCAGUGCCUCAUCCUCUUCCUCCUCCUCUACCUCCUCCUCUUCUUCUUCCUCUGUCUCACUCUCUCGGUCAAAUUCUCCCUCUUCCUGCUCCAGUGACAGCUCCUACAACUCCUCGUUAAGUUUUCGGUAUCGAGCAGGCGACCGGGAUCUUACCGUUGAUGAUGAUUGUGACUCAGAACUGCUUACAGAGGAGUCCAGCCUCCUCCUGGGGACGCGGAGGAAGAUUCGUUCACGCCGGAUGUCAUCACGCUCGCUGCCAUGCAGCCCGCCACCUCCACCAAUCCCGCCCCGGAAGCCACGCCUUCAGAGAGAUUAUGACAGAGACAGCAGAGAGAGAACAGGCAGCCAGCUGGCCCAAUUACAGGAGUGGUGGGCAUCAUGGGGAGACAAAGAGCGAGGGAGGGGAGGAACAACUAUCCGGGGAGAUGGAGGAGUGGGAAGAGAUGAAAAGAGACUCCACAAAGAGAGGGAGCGUGAGAGGAAGAGGAGGAAGAAGGGCAGAAAGAAGAAGAAGAGGGAAGACAGGGAGAGAGAAAGGGAGCGAAAGCGGCGCAAAGCAAAGAAAAGGAAGAAAGACGAUAAGACGAGGAAGAGAGAGCGGAAGAGGCCAGAGCAGGAGGGAGGAGAUGCUGAAAAAAGAGAGGAACUCAAAUCAGGGACAUCAGAUUACCCAUCAUACCCACCCCUGAGGCGAGAAUCUUUUCGGAAAAAGAGUGAAAGUUCAAUCCGAAGCUAUGGAUGGAACAUCCCAGGCGAAGAGGAGAGGAAGGAAAGAGAAGAGAAAGAGAGGGAUGAUGGGGACGACAGCAGAGGAAAAGAAAGACAAAACAGGAGAAGGAACAGCAAGCACUAUCAUAGCUCUAGCAGUAAGCCUUCAACAUCUGUCAAGUUCUGGGGAGGGGUCAACCCAUCCUCCGACACCAUUCCAUCUGCCUUUCUGCCCUUGUUGCCUGUCUCCUCUAAACGGAGAAAGAGUUCAGACAGGGAUGCUGUAGGAAUAGAAGGAGAGAGGAGACCAUUGCUGGGACGGGACGGAAGAGGUGAAAUACAUUCCAAGGAAGGGUUAUCUUUCCACAAGUGGGAGUCUGAAGUAGAAGCUGAGGAAGAAGAUUCUGAGCUGGAAAAGAGGAAAGCUGAGCGUGGAAAGAGGCGUGGAGGAGGAAGGACAAUGUCCGAUGAGGAGCGGGAACGUGAUAAGGUAGUUGGGAUAUAUUCUGAUGAUGAUGCUUCUUCGGGAGAGUUUGGGAAGUUUGAGAGGUACUGGGAGGAUCAUGAAGGCAGGGCUGUAGGAGGAAUUGGUGGGGGAGGUUGGUUUUUCAGCACUUACCCCUCCAGGGAAAAAGCUAGCAGCAUCAACAGUAGAGAUGACCUGUUCUUGGAGCGAGGAGAGAGGUGGGGGACAGCAGAAAGUGGAUGGGGGUCUAGUGGAGGUGGAGUUGGUGGUGUUGGUGAAGGAGAAGGAGUAGAUAGAGUGUGGGGAUCAGGAUCAAACUGGCCCCCUACUCCGCUCACGCCACCACCUCCUCGACGAUACUGGUCAGUCGACAAACUCCACAUACAGGAUGAGAAGAAGAGUAAACGCAAGUCAAAGGACAAGGGAAGAGGGCACGCAGCUUGUUCUUCCUGUCAUUCCCCUCGACAUCAACUGCACUCACAUUCCUCCAAAUGGGCCCGUAUAACCUCGCGAAGUGAAGAAGAGCUUUACCACCAAAGUUUUGGUGGUCCCCUGAAGCCCAAACAUGACUCCUCAUCCGCCUCCAAACCUGAUCGCUCACAGAAUCCAUCCAAAUCUGGCAGCCAGUCAAACCUCAGUAUCCAGCAGCGAACACAGAGAACAGAUAGGGAGCGAGAUCGAGGACGACAAUCAUCCCCACCUCCGAGCCUCAUAACAAACUUACCAACCCCACUCCCUGCCCUUCCAGCUCCUCCGUCCUCAUCACACCCUAUCCAUGUUCCUCUCCCUACCUCUUCCUCUUCUGUAUCCUCUCCCUCUGUGGUCUCAUCAACCCCAGGGGCCUCCCAGCCCUCCUCCAUGGCUUCGGCAAGUGCUAAACUACAGUACCAGAGGUUGCGCUCUGUUCCCCAGCCCCAGAGGUUUCCUCAGUCUCCUCACUUACCCCUCAAAGCCAAGAGCCUUUGCUCGCGAAGGGGCUCAGCCCAUUUCUCCAGCGUGGAGAGCGAGGUCUGAUAUUCAACAAGGUAUCAAAAGUCAUAAGAGAGCCCUGCAAGGCUGAGUCCAAGCAGGUGAUCUGGAUCUGGAUCUGCCCGGCAGCAAACAUUGCUGUGUAGCCAAGUCAGUACAAUAUACACACUGAGCCCUUUCCUAAAGUUCUGCACAAACAAACAAGCCCUAUGGGGUAGGUCAAAGGAAAACAGGAGCAAUCUUGUGCUAAAUCUUGUUUCCUUACAUACCUCUCAGUAUGUGAAAGACCACAGCAACAACUUGCAUCCUGAACUGGAUUAUUAACCAAUUACACUAAAAGCAAAUCCGACAUUAAAAAUGGUACAACUGAAGGAGACUCCUUUGCUAUAGACAGUAAAGGGCUUUGGAUGUGGACGCAGAGCAGUAGUUUGUAUUCAGAUGAUUCUUAAUGCUUACUGAGGGCUCAGGAACUUUGUAGUACUGUAUGCCUGUUGCUCUCGGAAGCCUUUAACACAGAACAGUAUUCUUAUAUUUUUCCCUUAAACAAAUCGCUUACCCCUACUUUUCUUUUUCCUUAAAAAACUGUUUACACCCCCGCAGAACUGUGACACCCUCCCGAGGCACCUUUGUUGUAUAUGAUAACUUCUUGUUUUGAGAGAGAGGAGGAUUAUUGUCUUCUCUAUGUUAUCCAUACAACCUCUCCUGUUCUCUUCACUUUUAUUCUACCCUAUCUUUUCUGCCUUUUUUCUAUCUUAUCACCCCUUAUUUUCUUUCUCCUUUUCUCUGCUUUACCUUUCUUUCCUUUUCACUUUAUUCAAGUGUCUGUCUUCUCAUCUCUCUUGUCAACUCCUCUCCUGUCCUCCAAUCUUGGCUCCUCUCGUUGAUGUGAUUAUUCUGUGUGUCUGUGCUUUUCUGUGUUUGUAUUCUUGACAACAGGGUAAGUCAACUGUGACUGAUAUUCUACUGGCUUAAUGAAAAGCUGAGUGCCAAACUAAAGUAGAGCUCGAUAUCAAUCUGUACAAUGUUAGUUGUUUCCUUUUAUCUCACAGAGUUUUUCAUCAUCUUUCAAAUCUGCGCACAUGCAAAUACACACUCACACACACACAUAAAAGUGAACACAAACAGUCUGCAUACAUGCAGAUGCAAGGACAAGUGCUUCUAAACAAGUCAAUUCAUCUAUUCUCUUUCUUGAGCAAUACAUUAUUCACCAUCUGUUCAUGUUAUAAUGUUAUACUUUUAAACUUUUAUUUUACGUCUGUGUUGUAGUUGUUGUUGGUGUUAUUAAUUGUUUUCUAUAUAUAUACAUGUAUUAAGUCUAAUACAAUGUAAGCACUGUGCCAUACUACUCAAGCUGACCAUGAAACGUUUUUCUCAACUACCUAACUACAACAAUGGAGGCAGUGUCUUUUCCCUCCCUGUAUUUGACUGAAUGUAAAGUCAGCCGCCAUCAAGUGUGCUGCAAUAACAAUUAAGACACUUGGAGAUUGAAAUUUUAGCAAUUAUGAUGUUUAGCGUCCGUGACUAAUUGAGAGUUGACUUCAGUUCAUUGUUGAUGUAGCCUGACGUAAGCAACAGUAUGCUAACGUUGCAGGGUAAGUCCGCAGUUGGUGAUGAAGGAUUAGAUCUGCAAUGGGUUAAAGUUUAAAUAGAUUUUCUGCUGUUUGUUUUCCUCUGCAAAUCCUCCAAGUAGGGCCAAGACUAGAAUACAGCAAACAUUUGCAAAACUCAAACUAAUCAAACUAGGAUUGAGGAGGAGUGUGUCUAACAUGCUAGGUGUAGCUACACAGUUUUGUUACAAGUUGGAAGAUUGUUGCAGGGAAAUACAUACUUAUAGCCUUAUGCUAAUUGCUCCUGCCAUAUGUUUUGUGUAAGGUAUGAGUAUCAAGGUAUGUACUUUAGUCAACAUGUAUGGGGUUAACCUUAUGCUAUCGUACAGUGUGGGAGACAGUGUGAUUCGAAAGGGAGCAUUUUGAUUUGUGCCAAAUUAGAUCUAGUGCAAGUGCCGUAUUGAUGUCAAAGAGACUGUGCCUAUGUUGAAUGCUAGUUAGCAGGUGAGACGGUUUUGAAGAAGUUUGGGUGACGGUGUAUGAAAGAUUAAGUAUCACCUCCUUUGCGAUUUAGUUGAUUUAAAAAGUAUUUCUCGCCAUGUAAAUGUGUAAUCAAGAGCUAAAGCUCUUUAAUCCAUUACCGAGCUGACACCAGCAGUUACACUCCGAUGUCAAGCACUUAGAUAGAGUACCUACAUAUAUCCACCAACAUUAGAAUUUAGCAUCAGGACAUCAGUGGAGUUUUAGUGAAGAGGCAAGAACCACUGAGACAACAACAGCAUUUGUGCUUUUCAGUUGGUCAUAACGCCUGAGCCAUCUUUCCAUUUACAGUUUGGACAGCUCUUGUUUGCCUGGAACUGCAUCUGAGCCAUAAUGUACUUCACCUGAAGAAAUCAAAAAGAGAACUUAAGUUUUUAUCAUAAACUUAAAAAGAAAAUCUAUAUAUAUAUUUAUCAUAUAUAUAAAUUUGUGGUGGUGGGUAGUGUUAGAGAAAAUUGUUGUUUAUCAUCUUGAUAUUUGGGGAUAUUGUUUCUCAUUCCAAGUCCAUUGCAAUAAUAAUAUAAAUAUUAUGUGUUCAAGAACACAUAUUCCCUCAUAUUCACUGUCAACAGGGAAAUUAUAGAUUUACUUUCUUUAGCAAAGAUUGACUGUAUUAAGCAAAGUUGGAGGAAGUUCAGUGCUUUGCUUAUUCCAAUCAGCAAUCAACAGCUUAUACAAAUGUCUAUGAAAGCAAGAAAAGCGUUGUGUGUGACAUGUUUCUGUGCAUUCACACUGCAAGCAAUUCAAGUCUGUUGUCUCAAGUACAAACAAUCUCUGCAACCUAAAAAAAUGCUUGAUUUUGCCUUUAAAAAGUUGGCAGCAGUCAAACCAUUUGGGCUCAUUUCUCUUGCUGUGUCUGUUGCUGAAACAGUACAGCAUUAGUGAGCUAGCAUAAACAGGUAAUUGUAGCGUAAUUAUUAAACCCAAUGCAUUUUUGGCAGGCUCACCCUGUGUAGGUGGUUGUGGUAGAGACGAUUGGCUUAGGUCAGGCAUUGACCUCGAGCACUUAGGCUCAGGAUAGCCCAUUGCUAGGGGCAUAGGACCAGAACAAAUCAGGGUACCGGUCCCUUGAGCAAGCAUAGAUGCCUGGCCAAUCCUAUUGUUUAAAUGCUACGCACAGGUGUGCUUUGACAAGAAAUGCAGUUGGAUUCAUAAUGACGCAUAACUUUCAUUGGUGCAGAGCAGUAGCUGCUAGUGGUGUGAACACAAAGCUUGGUAGUUUCCUCAGAGAAAUGAGCCACCUACUGUAUCUUUCCUUCUCUCCACAUGCCUCUUUUUUCUCAUGUCUAUCCAUUGUGUUGUUGCGUGUCUGCAAUUGUAAAGCUGGUCUGUUUUAAAAAAAAGUAUCUGUGGCUAUAUUUAUUUCAUAACAAAAAAAAAUGGCAUAUCUAAAUAUAUAUGAUAGUAUAUUUCAAGGCGCUAAGAUCUAUGUUAUAUAAGUUUGUCUACUAAAUUUUCGGUAUUAUCUCAAUGAAUAUGUCUUUUUUGUCUGUU